AUGGUGUUUUUCACACUGGCUUGGGCCGGCAUUUACACCGUGAACACCUCUGCUUCAUUUCUGAAGGAAUACUUUUUUCCCGGAGAGAGGAGAGAGAGUCCAAGCUCCAGGCCACAAACUCCAGCAGACUCCUUAGAGCCGGCUUUGGGCCCGGAGGCGGCAGAUCCGAGUUCGAUUGCGUCCUUCAGUAGCAACCAUCACUACAGUAAAUACAGAGGGUGUCGGAAAUCUUGCCUGGACACGCCCUCGACCUGUACACACCAUGACGUCUUCGACCCAAGCGAGCGGAGGUACGCUGACGCCCUGGGACUGACAUAUGGGACAGAGACCACCUCUGCUUCAUAUCUGAGGGAAUACUUUUUUCACGGAGAGAAGAGAGAGGGUCCAAGCUCCAGGCCACAAACUCCGGCAGACUCCUUAGAGCCGGAUUUGGUUCCAGAGGCGGCAGAUCCGAGUUCUAUUGGGUCCUCCAGUAGCAACCAUCACUACAGUAGAUGCAGAGGGUCUCGGAUCCCUCGCCUUUGCCCGGACAUGCCCUCAACUUGUACAGACCAUGGCGUCCUCAAUCCGAGCGAGCGGAGGUACGCCGCCGCCCUGGGAAGGAAGAAUCGGACAAAGAAACGAGUAAACUAA